AUGGGUGCUAAGCAAAAGGGUGGAGGCUCAAAGCCUAAGGGAAAUACUGCGGAUGAAGUAGAGGAGACACUGCAGGCUGUGGUUCUUGCGGAUACCUUUGAGCCACGAUUUGAGCCAUUCACUCUUGAGAAGCCUCGCUGCCUUCUGCCGUUGGCCAACACUCCCAUCAUUGAAUAUACCCUAGAAUUUUUGGCAAAUGCAGGCGUGGAGGAGGUUUUUCUUUAUGGAGGGAAACACUCGGACAUCCUAGAGAAAUACAUCGAUGCCUCAAAAUGGAGAGGACCUUCCUCUCCAUUCAAGCAAUUUACAUUCCUCAAAUCGACCUCCGCGUCCGUUGGUGAUGUCAUGCGUGAUCUCGAUGGAAAGCACCUUAUCACUGGUGAUUUCAUUGUCGUCAGCGGCGACGUGAUUAGCAACAUGCCCAUCGAAGGUGCACUAAACAAGCACCGAGCUCGUCGUGCCACCGACAAGAACGCUAUCAUGACCAUGGUCCUCCGGGAAGCCGGACGGGAUCAUCGCACCAAAGCGUCAUCCGUCUCGCCAGUCUUCGUCAUCGAUCCCACCAAAGACCGCUGUCUCCACUACGAGGAGAUCGAUCACAACUCGGACGAGAACCCUGCUCGCCUCACUAUCGACACUGAACUCCUCAUGACCCACCCAGAGCUGGAUAUCCGUCAAGACCUGAUCGACUGUAGCAUUGAUAUUUGCACUCCCGACGUGCUGAGCUUGUGGUCUGAUAGCUUCGACUACCAAUCUCCUCGCAAGCACUAUCUGUUCGGUGUUCUUAAGGACUACGAGCUGAACGGCAAGACUCUCCACACAUACAUCAUCAAGGAUCACUACGCCGCACGGGUAAGGAAUUUGAAGGCAUACGAUGCCGUCAGCAAAGACAUUAUUUCCCGGUGGACAUACCCAUUGUGUCCUGACACCAACCUACUCCCCGGCCAUAGCUAUGACCUUCGAAAGGGCAGCUUGUAUCAAGAGAAAGGUGUCACAUUGGCACGGUCAUGCGUGAUCGGCCGCCGCACAGUCAUCGGCAAGAGCACUAGUAUUGGCGACAAGACAACAGUUCGGAACACCGUGCUCGGCCGGAACUGCAAGAUCGGCCGCAACGUCAAGUUGGAAGGCGCCUACAUCUGGGAUAACGUUUCUAUUGGCGAUAACACAGAUGUUCAGGGAGCUAUCAUCGCCGAUGGCGUCGUCGUUGGCAAGAACUGCAAGGUUAAGGCCGGUGCUCUUUUGUCCUUCGGUGUCAAGAUUGCCGACGGCGUAACAGUCGAGAGCGGGAAACGAAUCACUACUGUUCCACGAGACGGCAGCGAAGCGAUCACCGACGCCAAGGUGGUUGGAGCUGACGGCGAAGGCCGUGAGUUCAUCCAAGGUGAAGACGAAGAAGAUGAUGAAGAGAUCGUCAGUGUUGCCUCAUCUGGCCUCGUAUACCGCAUGCCCGGUCUAUCACUCUCCUCUGCCUCCAUUUCGACCCUGUCCUCUGAAAUUUCCGACGGCUCCUGGCCUCGUUCCGGGCGAAGCAGUUUCUCCGAUGGGGAAGAACAAGACAACUUCCACCAUGACGCCUCCGCCAGUAUCUUUGAAAGUAUCCGCGAAGGAGUUACCGCCGACGUCGUCCAACUCGAACUUGUCAGUCUCCGUAUGACAGCAAACGCCUCAGACAACCAAGUCCGACGCGCCAUCGUCUCCUCAUUCAUGAAGCACGUCCAACAGGUCAUGGAGAAUGGCAAGAAUGCCAGCGAGGUGGUCCACGAUCUUUUCUCCACAUACCGGGAAGUUGUGGACCGGACACUCUUUGACCGGAACAAAUCUGAGAAGAAAGACCAGGUUGAUUUGCUGCUUCAAUUACAGCAAGAUCUGGUGCACCGGAGCAAGGGUGCUAAUAUCCUGCUUUUCGCUGCCAAGGUCCUUUAUGAUCUUGAGCUUGUGGAUGAGGAGGCAUAUGAUCAGUGGUGGAAUGAUGAGCGGUCUAGUGCGACUGAGGAGAUGCGAAAUGUCCGCAGCCAGGCACAGCAGUUCGUGAACUGGUUGGCGGAAGCGGAGGAGGAAAGCAGUGAAGAGGAGGACUCUGAGGAGGAGGAAAGUGAUGAUGACCCUUUGUUAAAACCCGCCCUACCCCCUCUAAAUCCCCGCCGGCAAUCUGCCGCCCCCCUUUUCAUCACGCCUCCCUCCACGCGGAAGAGAAAGGCGGCCGAGGCGGCGAUUGCGGACGACAACCAGCCUCUCCCCAAAUCCGCCACCAAGGCUGCCCACACCGGGAACGCCACUGCUUCCGAUCGGCCCAGCACCAGGGCUACAUCCAACACCGACAAGAACCGCUCUACCCUACCUAUCUCGACAGAGUCUCCCGAGUCUGGUAACUCGGGGAAGAGCCUAGUUUGUCUUAACAAGAGGGAAAUCGCGACGCCCGCGACCACAACAGGCAGCAUGGAUUCUGACGAUGAUUUCAUGAGCGAUGUCUCAUCUGGUGAUGAUUUUCUCGACACACAAGGCAGUGACGAUGAAAGUCUAGGAGAAGUCGACUUUGGCGAUCUCGAUACCGGCUUCUCUGACGAUAAAGACCUCAUCAAGCAGAAACGAAAACCAUAUGAAGUCGAGUUUAAAGUUUUGGACACAUCGGAUAUCGAGCGUGAACAGUCAGUGCAGAUUAACGAGGUCUCCGCUAUCCUCGGCUUGCCACCAGAGUCAGCUGCUAUUCUGUUACGGUUUGGACGAUGGAAGCAAGAGAAAUUAAUCGAGGGGUAUAUGGAACAUCCGGAAGAGACGCUAGAGGAAGCUGGACUGGGGACUAAUUUUGAGGGCACUGCGAAGACGGAGGUGGUGCCUGAUUUUAUGUGUGACAUCUGCUGUGAGGAUGGGGCGGAUCUUGAGACAUAUGCGAUGCGAUGUGGUCAUAGGUUUUGCGUCGACUGCUACCGUCAUUACCUGGCUGGCAAGAUCAAGGAUGAAGGCGAGGCGGCUCGUAUCGAGUGUCCUGGUGAUAACUGUCAUCGCAUCGUGGACUCAAAAUCGCUGGACUUGCUUGUGACGGACGAUCUCAAGGGCCGAUAUCGAACACUCCUUACACGUACGUAUGUGGAUAACAAGGAUAACCUGCGAUGGUGCCCAGCUCCGAACUGCGAGUAUGCGAUCGACUGCCCUGUCAAAACCCGAGAGCUCCGCCGCAUCGUGCCGACAGUUCGCUGUUUAUGCAAACACGAGUUCUGUUUCGGUUGCGCUAUCACCGACCAUCAACCCACACCCUGCGCACUAGUCAAGAUGUGGUUGCAGAAGUGCGAGGAUGAUUCCGAAACGGCCAACUGGAUCUCUGCCAACACCAAGGAGUGUCCAAAGUGCGCGUCGACGAUCGAGAAGAACGGUGGCUGUAACCACAUGACCUGCCGCAAAUGCAAACACGAGUUCUGCUGGAUGUGUAUGGGUCUCUGGUCCGAACAUGGCACCAGCUGGUACAAUUGUAGCAGGUACGAAGAAAAGUCUGGGUCAGAUGCCCGAGGUGCCCAGGCCAAAUCACGGCAAUCACUGGAGCGAUACUUGCAUUAUUAUAACCGAUAUGCCAACCACGAGCAGUCUGCCAAGUUGGACAAGGACUUGUAUCUUAAGACCGAAAAGAAGAUGACCAGCCUUCAAUCGACGUCAGGUCUCUCCUGGAUUGAAGUCCAGUUCCUCGACACAGCCUCACAAGCAUUACAACAGUGUCGCCAGACCUUGAAAUGGACGUACGCAUUCGCCUUCUACCUUGCCCGAAACAAUCUUACCGAGAUCUUCGAGGAUAACCAGAAGGACUUGGAAAUGGCAGUCGAGAGUCUGAGUGAAAUGUUCGAGAAGCCUGUCUCAGAGCUGGCCGAGCUGAAAGUUGAUAUUCUGGACAAAACCGCCUACUGUAACAAACGCCGGGUAAUCUUAUUAAGUGACACUGCUGAGAACUUGAAGAAUGGCGAAUGGUCGUUCAAUAUUGAGUGGUAA